AUGUCUCCCUCCCAAACUCCAAUCGCCAUCGUCGGCGUCGGCUGUAGACUCCCUGGCGGAGCCAACAACCUGACCAACCUAUGGUCCCUCCUCUCCGAGGGCCGCAGCGGCCACGUGAAAGUACCCAAAGACCGCUGGAACGCUGAUGAAUGGUACGACGCGUAUCCUGAGGCUAGAUCUUCGCUUCGUGCACGGCACGGCUACUUCAUCCAGGACGACAUCUCCCACUUUGACGCCAAGUUCUUUGGCAUUCCGAGCUCUGAGGCGAGCAGCAUGGAUCCGCAGCAGCGCCUCUUCCUGAUGACGACUUACGAGGCGCUCGAGGACGCGGCCAUCCCAGUCGAGACGCUGCGCGGGUCCAACACGGGCGUCUUUGCAGCCAUCUUUGAGAGGAGUUACGACCGCAUGGGGUUCAAAGACCUGUCAACCAUCAGUAGAACACACAUGAACGGAGUGGGAGAAGCCAUUCUCUCGAAUAGAAUUUCAUAUGUGUUUGAUUUGAAAGGCCCCAGUUUGACUUUAGAUACUGGUUGCUCUGGGAGUCUGGUCGCUCUCCACCAGGCAUGCCAAAGUCUAAAGCUAGGAGAGACAGAUCUUGCCCUGGUUGGCGGAUCGCAGCUUCUCAUCACACCUGACUUGCUCUCAAUUAUGAGCACUGUGGGCAUGCUCAACCCGGACGGCAAGUCAUAUGCCUUUGACUCGCGAGGAGAAGGAUACGGGCGCGCUGAAGGCGUAGCAACGAUUGUACUCAAGCGAUUAGAUCGCGCACUCCAAGAUGGUGAUCAGGUGCAUGCCAUCAUUGCCAACAGUGGUGUAAACCAAGAUGGCAAAACAAUCGGCCUCAAUACUCCAAACGGUGAUGCGCAAGCUGACUUGACAUGGCGUGUCUACCGUGAAGCUGGAUUAAACCCUCUGGAUACCUCAUUCGUCGAGGCCCACGGAACAGGAACACAGGUGGGAGAUAAAGAAGAGAUGGGGUGCAUCUCUAGAGUUUUCACAGACCCUUCUAGGCCAGAUGAUGUCUACGUCGGCUCCGUCAAGACUAACCUCGGCCAUCUCGAGGCCACCUCGGGCCUGGCCGGCCUGCUCAAAGCCCUUCUCGUGCUCAAGCAUGGGCAGAUCCCUCCCAAUCUCAACUUUGACAAGCCAAAAUCGUCACUAAAUCUCUACGAGAAAAAGGUCAAGAUCCCAUUGCACCUUACGCCUCUUCCCAAGCCUCGCAACGGGGAACCGACCAGAGUGUCUCUCAACUCGUUUGGCUACGGAGGUACAAACUGCCACGUUAUUCUCGAGGACCCUUAUCCAGAGAAGAAAAAGGACGGUGUCAACGGCACCAACGGAGUCAAGACGAACGGCACCAAUGGAACCAAUGGAACCACGACAAAUGGACACAACGGCGCCACGAAUAGCCACAAUGGUGUCGAGACCAACGGAACCAAUGGCUUCCCGGCCAACGGCAAAAAGGAUGCAGAACCCUUCUCUCCAGAGCUCAUUCUUGUGAGCGCAUCGACCGAGAAAGCCCUGUCAUCACGCGCCCAAGACAUCGUUGACUGGAUCAAGUCCCAACACAGCUUCACCCCGAAGACUUUGAAAAGCCUGUCCUACACCCUCGGUGCUCACAGAUCCGCCUUCUCAUACAGGAGAGCUAUUGUGACCUCGACCGCUGAGGAUCUCGUGGCGGAGCUCGAGCAGAAAGGCUCCCCAAAAAGGACUGUGUCGCUGGCGCCGUUGACGUUUGUCUUCUCUGGCCAGGGGGCACAGUGGCACGCAAUGGGUCUAGAGCUAUUCGGCGCUUCGUCUGUGUUCCACUCGAGCAUGGCGGCCAUGGACGACGUGCUGCGUGGUCAAGGUUGCCAGUGGAGUCUCGCCGAAGAGUUGUCGAAGUCGGCCAAGGAGUCGCGGGUCGGCGAAGCCGAGAUUGCUCAGCCCUGCACAACGGCCAUCCAAAUUGCCCUCACAGACCUCCUAGAAAGCUUUUCGAUCAGGCCCGCGCGAGUCGUCGGUCACAGUUCUGGUGAAAUCGGAGCUGCCUAUGCCGCGGGCGCCUUGACUCGCGAGAACGCUAUUCUUGCAGCCUACCAUCGCGGUCUGUCAUCCCGCAAAGCGAAGAAGCUGGCAGAUGUUCCAGGGACUAUGAUGGCUGUCAGUCUUUCAGAGACAGAAGCAAGACAGCAUAUCGAGAAGCUCACCAGUGGUAAAGCGGUCGUGGCAUGUGUCAACAGCCCGAGCAGCCAGACUAUCUCGGGCGAUGAAGAGGCCAUUGACGAGCUCAAGUCGUUGCUUGAUAAGGAAGGGGUUUUUGCCCGGAAACUCAAGGUCGACACGGCCUACCACUCGCAUCAUAUGCAGCGUGUCGCCGAGGACUACAAGGCGGCCAUCAGCAGUAUUGAGUCGCGUCCAGUUAGGAAUGGUGUCACCUUUUACUCGAGUGUCACCGGCACGGUUAAGACAGACGGUUUCGAUGCUGAGUACUGGACGCGGAACCUGGUCUCGCAAGUAAAAUUCAGUCAGGCACUCAGCCUACUCCGUGACAGCCAGUCCGAGGACGACUCCAACGCCGAGGCUACCAUCUUCAUAGAAAUUGGGCCACACUCAGCCCUGGCAGGCCCAGCGCGCCAGACCCUUACAGACAAGCCAAAGGUCGAGUACCUCUCUCCUCUGGUCCGUAAUACCAAUGCCUUGCAGUCAGUCUUGACAUUCGUGGGCAAGCUGUUUGAGCUUGGCUUGGAGGAGGUGGACAUCAAGGCGGUCCUUACCAGGGGCGGCGAGGCGAAACCCUCCCUCAUCAGAGAUUUGAAGGCAUACCCUUGGGAUCUGGCGCCGUAUUGGAACGAGUCUCGACUCAGUAAAGCCCAUCGGUUCCGCCCCUUCCCGCAUCACGAUCUCCUCGGUCUCCUCGACCCGGCCAGCACCGUCGACGAGCCGCGCUGGAGGUAUUUUCUCAACUUGGACGACUUCCCCUGGAUUCGCGACCAUGUCAUCGAGGAUUUCGUCAUCUACCCCGGCGCUGGCUAUCUGACCAUGGCCAUUGAGGGCAUUACGCAGCUCCUGCAGAUGAGGGGCUCUCAGAAGCCUAUUACCAAGUACAUCAUCCGUGAUGUCAACGUGUCCAAGGCCCUCGUCCUCAGUGCCCCUGACGGCAGCAGCCCUGGAGAGAUUGAAGUGCAGCUGACAAUGCUCGCCGUCAACAAGGAGGAGAACAGUCCCUGGCAAUCCUUCUCUAUCCGUUCAUAUCAGCCGGAUGGCUUAUUGGUCGAACACUGCACUGGCGAGAUUAUGGUCGAGCAGGAGAAGGAUGUUGUUGAACGAGACGAAGUGCCGGGUGCGAGAGAAGAUGAUCUACGUCGCGAGGAGGCCGUUCAGUUCCUCGAAGCAGCCCGAGGUCGUGUCGACACAGAAAUGACCCAGUCUGAGUUUUACAAGUUUGUCGGGGCGAGCGGCAAUCAGUUUGGCGGUGCCUUCACCUUGCUCAACUCUAUCAAGCACAAUAGCGAGGGGCAUGGCAUCUUCGAGAUGUCGGUCCCUGACAUUGCUCCCCUGAUGCCGUACCGCUCCUUCAGGCCCCAUGUCAUUCAUCCAACCACUCUCGACGCUUCACUGCAAAUCAACUGUCUCCUGUUCAAGAACUCCAUCUUCAACGCUACAUGCGUGCCCACACAGAUACCCCUGCUCGAGGUUAACGCGGGUAUCUCAACUAAGCCGGGUGACACUCUCGUAGGAGCGAUGGAACUGGAGAACGACGGCACGCAGGGAUCUACGGGGGGCGGCUGGGUCUUCCAAAAGGGGGCCGACGGUCAGCUCAAGCCGGUCAUUCGAUUGUUACUAAAUAUGAAGGCCAUCAGCGAGGCUCAGGAGGACGAGAACAGGCCUUUUGCUCAAGACACUGUGCACCGUCUUGGUUGGAACUUUGAUGCCGACUAUCUAACGACGAGCUCUUUCGGCCAUGUGCUGUCGGCAACACUUGAUAUCGACGAGAACACGAGAUUUAACUAUUCCGGUGAUCGAGUGUCAAUCGAGGAAGAAGUCCAGGAGCAACUCGAGGUCGACCAGGCUGCCUCAAUCUUGAUCAGAGACGCCGUCCGUCACAUUGAGGAUGACAAGGUAGAGGUGCCGCCUCAGCUACUUGACUUUUUCGGCUGGAUGAAGAACUGGUGGCUAGCCUCCGACUACUACGGCGAGAUCAUGGCCGGUUUAGAUGCCGAGAAAGAAGCCAGCAUUCUUCAAAAGGUCGAGGCCACCACGGGGGCCGGGCCCAAGGUUUCCUACCGCGUUGGCAAAGCCCUCCCACAGAUGCUGAGCGGCGCUGUCGAGCCUCUCGAGGUCCUCUUCCAGGACGACCUCCUAGCCAAGAACUAUGAAGGCCGCAAAUACACCGGCGAGUACGCCGCUGCUGUGGCCUAUCUGAAGCUCGUCACCUUCAAGAACCCCGGGCUCCGGUUUCUCGAGAUUGGCGCGGGCACGGGAGGCUUCACCAAGUCCGUUUUCCGUGGCCUCGAUGGGCAGAACGGCGCCGUGCGCCUCCCACUCAAGGAGUAUACCUACACCGACGUGUCGAACCAGUUCUUCCAGGAGGCUCGCGAGAACUUUGCGCAGUGGGAGGACGUUGUUACAUUCAAGACGCUCGAUGCGGACGCGGACCCCCUUAAGCAAAACUUUGAGGCCGAAUCAUACGACGUCGUCCUAGCCGCCAAUUGCUUGCACGCCACCACGGACAUUGACCGGACUAUCAGUCGCGUUCGCAAGCUGCUGAAGCCCGGCGGCAGCUUGAUCCUCGUCGAGAACAAGCCGAGUCCCGGUCCUGCCGUCGGUCUUCUGGCCGGAUCGCUCACGGGAUGGUGGGCACACCAGGACUUUCGAGUUGACACUCCGCUGCUGAGCUACGAGCAAUGGAACAGAGUCCUUUCCGACAACGGGUUCGGCGGGGUCCAUCUUGGAUGGGGCGAUAUGAUGAUUGCCAAAGCCCAGCCGAGGGAAGAGAGUGACGGAACUCCCACCAGGCACAACGCCAUCGUCCUAAGCCACGCACUGGACAUCGGCCGAACGGACAGCAUCGUGGCCGGGCUUGCCUCACAUGCCGUGGACGCUACGGUGGCUCAAUGGGACAGCGUCACUGUGCAAGAAGACAGCCUGUACAUUAUCAUUGACCACGCCGAGAAACCGCUCUUGCUGAACCCAGGGCCUGGGCUAUUUAAGUCGCUCAACUCUCUCCUCACUCCCAGAGCCAAACUCAUCUGGGCCGUUGUGCAAGACACCCCAGACCCAGCCUCUGCGGCCUAUCAGGGCCUGGCGAAUGGGCUUCUUCGUACGCUCCGUCGAGAAAGUGGGAAUAGCGCCAACAUCAUCAGCCUCGACCUCCGCCACCCAGCUCCCGCUGCUGAGGAGAUUGCUGGUGUCAUUGCCGAAGUGGCUCGCAGGCGUUUCUGGCCGGCCACCCAUGAACAGCCAUCUACGGAAACCGAGAUCGCCUACCAGAACGGCCGGGUGCUGAUCCCCCGUAUCAGGGUUGACGAUGAGUUCCUCAGCUGGGCUCGGCGAACCCUUUCGCCUGGUGAUGUGGGCACCGAGACCGAGUCAAUUCCUUACCAGAUUGACCGAUCACUUAAGGUUGAGGCUGCGACGCCGGGCCUGUUAAAUUCUUUGCGCUUUGUCGAUGCUGCCGUUGAUGAGGAGUCGACACCUUUUGGUUCCGAGACAUGCCAUAUCGUUGUCAAGACCGAAGCACACGGCGUCAACAGCCAGAACGUCAGCAUCGCUCUGCGUCAAACGAGCCCUUUCACGACCCUGGCUGGUGAGUUUGCCGGGACUGUGACGGCCGUGACUCAGAGCGCUCAGCGUCUGCAUCAAGUGGGUGAUCGGGUCAUGGGUUUUGCUUCCUUACCUUAUGCCAACUCGGCACGAGCACAUGGACUGCAUGCCUACAGAAUACCGAGCUGGAUGUCGACCGAGGUGGCAGCGUCUAUCCCCUUGGUCUACACUACGGCCUAUUACGCCAUCAUACACCUCGCUCGUCUCCAAGAGAGCCAGUCGGUUCUUGUGAGCACCGCCUCGGGAGACAUUGACCAGGCCGCCAUCCAGCUUGCUCAGCACGUAGGCGCAACUGUAUUCUGUACCUCCGGCAGCGCAGUGCAGUUUCGGCUGCUCAAGGAUCAGUAUGGUAUCCCGGAGAGCCAUAUAUUUUCUCAUCAGAACAGUCGAUCCCUCAAGCGUGGCAUUCUACGACUCACUGGUGGUGAAGGAGUAGAUGUUGUUCUAAGCUCUUCGUUAGUGAGCGAAGCUAUCAGAGAGACCCUCGACUGUGUCAAGCCUCUGGGGGCCUUUAUUAACCUCCUUGGUUCCGCAGGAACUCAGCAGCAAUCCGUCUCCUCAUCCCGCCUAAGCGUUGCUGCUCUUGGUAGGCCCAUUACGUUCGUUACUUUUGACUUUUUCACCCUCGCCUCCAGGCAGCCCAAGCUGGUCCAUGGCGUACUGAGUAGCAUUGUCGAGCUCUUCGAGGCAAAGACUCUUAGACCUCUUCAGCCCAUCACUACCUACACCAUCGAUAAGAUUGAGGAAGCUUUCCGCUUCGUGUCGCCCGGCACGCAUGCAGGAAAGGUUGUCCUGACCGUCGAGCCCGAAUCCCUAGUCAAGGGAGUUCCAGCUAAGCCUCUGCCCCUACAACUACGCAAGGACGGCACGUACGUUAUAGCCGGAGGUCUUGGCCACCUUCCCGCCCGUCUUUGUGUGCUGCUCGCCUCGAGGGGUGCCGGCCAUAUUGUAUCGCUAUGCCGCCGUGACAUCGAUGACGCGACGAGGCAGAAGCAUACGAGCGCCGUGGAGGAGCAUGGAGCCAAGUUGCACAUUAUCCAGUGCGACAUUACUGAUGACGAGAGUAUGAGCAGAGCUGCCUCCUACUGCUCUUCUUCUCUUCCUCCGGUCAGGGGUGUGGUGAACGGUGCCAUGGUACUCCGAGACCGGACCUUCUCCCAAAUGACAAUGGAAGAGUGGAACGUGUCGCUUCAGGCCAAGGUAUAUGGAACCCUGAAACUCGACAAGUUCUUUGCCUCGCCCGACCUAUUCUUCUUCAUGACUUUAUCCAGCUUGACCGCGAUUAUUGGUAGGACCGGCCAGGCCAACUACGUCGCUGGCAACGCCUUCCAAGACGCCUUCGCUGCAGCGCAUGCGAACCACCCUCACACACACUAUGUUUCAGUCAACAUCGGCAUCGUCGAGGUCGACGUCCACGAGAGCACCGCCGUUGAGGGCGACUUGUCCGACGGGGGUGCGGGCAAGGUGUCUCUUGUGACCAGCCUCAAACAAAACAGCGGCAUCGAGCUGACCUUUGAGGAGUUCUACGCCAACAUCGAGUACGCCAUGACUGACCAGGCGCGCGCCAGCGGCCUUCACCAAACCAUCCAGGGCAUUACCCGCCAGGCCAUGAUCGAAGUCAACGACGUGCACCUCCUCGAAAACCCAAUCUUCAGCCAGCUCGACCGCGCCCGCGGCGACAAGGGCAACGGCGGCACGCAGGGCGGCGGGGGCAUCUCGCUUGACAAGGCGCUCGGGGCUGUGAAAUCGGUCGAGGAGGCCGAGAAGCUCGUCCUAGACGCCGCGCUGGCCAAGUUUGCCGUCUUCCUUGACCAGGCUCCCGAGGAUAUCAGGGUGGACCAGCCGCUGGCCACCAUCGGCUUAGACUCCCUUGUGAGCAUUGAACUGAAGAACUGGAUGGUUCGCACGUUCCAGGUCAGCUUGCAGGCGUCUGAGCUGAGCGGGGCAGGGAGUAUCCUGGAGCUGACCGCAACGGUUGUCUCGAGAUCGAAGCUAAUCCCCGACGCUGUUCGGCGCCCAGAGGGUUCUCAACUUUCAGGAGAAAAGACAGAGGAGAAACCAGCCGUCCGCGAGGAGACAGCCAAGCCAGAUGCAGCCGGGCCAGCGGACCAUAUGCCAACUAGUGACAAGGUGGGAGAUGUCAUAUCGACCACAGCCGAGGCGACAGAAGAACAACAAGCCACCGAGGCGGAAAAGCCUAGCCAUGGAUUCGACUGUUGCAAAACGCACAAAGAACUCCCUCGGCACCCGCUCAUCGACCUUGACGUGGCCGUCGGCGACCUCCUCCACAGCAUCGGCCACUUUGCCCACACGCGCGAAGAGUACGAAGAGCUCAACCGCAAAGCCCACGCCGUGGCCGCGCCGGGAAGCCUCGGCCGGAGGCUCUAUGACCAGCUUCGCGCUGAAGCCGACGAUCCCAAUGUCGAGAGCUGGAUUGCCGAGCGUCUCAGCAAGGCACUCUACCUCAAGAGACGGUACCCCCUCGCUCCAUUUGCCAACUUUUGGGGCUCGCACUUUGACAGCCCGGUGCCGCACUCGCAGGCUGAGCGAGCUGCCGUGCUAACCACCGCUCUGUGGGACUUCAAGAGAGAUGUUGAAUCAGGGAGCUUGGAACCCAACUACCUGGGAGGGAGGGUGAACUGCGCCAGCACCUUGAAGUGGCUUUUCAACGCCACUAGAGAGCCACAGCUGGCCUGUGACAAGAUGAUGAAGUACGCUGGUGAGAACCAUGUCGCUGUCUUGCGCAAGGGGCACCUGUUCAAGGUCCAGUUGCUGGACCAGGGCCAGAUUCUCUCGCAUGACAAUCUCAAGGCGACCUUCCAGGCAAUAAUCGACCUGGGCAUCGAGGAUCCAAUUUGGGCGGGCGUGUUAACUACUGACGACCGUGACUCAUGGGCUACCAACCGAGACGGCCUGCUAGCUCUUAACGAGAGAAACGCCGACUACCUCAGCGUGAUUGAGACGUCUACAUUCGUUAUGUGCCUCGACGACAACAGUCCGGCCACACGUGAGGAGCGUGUUAGCCAGGGCUACCUCCAAAACCCUUUCAACCGCUGGCAGGACAAGAGCAUGCAGGUUGUCGUUACUGAAAACGGCCAGUCAGGUACCAUCUUUGACCACUCCAUGAUCGACGCCAUCACCGUCUCGCAGCUGGCUCCGAGGCUGUAUAGCGCUAUCGAGAACCACGGGCAUGCCAACGGCAGUACCAACGGCCAGAACGGUGUGUCCGUCCAUCCCGCCAGCUUGGUCGAGAUCCCGCUCGUCACGACAUCCAACAUUGAGGAGCGCAUCAAGUACCUGCGCGAGCAGUACUCCUCCGCCACGGACUCGAGGCGAUACGUCCCCCAUCAGAUCACCACCUUUGGGAAAUCUCACCUCCUCGCCAACGCGGCGCCCAUCAAAGCCACAGCCGACCUUACCAUCCAGCUGGCGAGCCGCAUCUACUUUGGCUACCUCCCGGCCAGUUGGGAAACGGUCUCGAUGGCACACUUCCACCUGGGCCGCCCGGAGAUCAUCCAGGUCGUCCUCAAGUCUGUCGUCGACUUCUGCGAUGCAGCCCUCGACCUCAGCGUUCCGCGGUCCGAGGCGCGUCGCAAGCUCCUGCAGGCGGCGCGCGACUGCAACGCGCAGAUCGUCAAGGCGUCCGAGGGCCGCAACUACUUCCGCCUCAUGGACGUGAUCGAGAUCAUGAGCCAGGCGCAGCAGGACGAGCCCGUGCCCGAGCUCUUCUCCGACGCCAUCUGGAAAAGGGGCUACCCGCGCUAUAUCAUGCAGACCAUGCGGGAGAGGGACUCGUCCGAGGACCCGGCCUACAUGAUGUUUGAUCCCGAGUCAGUAUGGACGAAUUAUCAGGUCAACGACGAGUCGAUCGAAGUCUGCUUCAUCAAUCCUCGAGCCGAGUCCGAGAGGUUCUCGGCUGCUUUGGACCGUGCAGCGGAGAUUGUCAAAACCAUCGUUCAAGCGAAGUAG